AUGCCACCUACCUUGGGAAAAAUUGAAAGUACUUUGGCAGAUGCUGGCAUCCCGUUCGGAUUGCCUAUUGACACCUGGAUCGCAUCGGGCCCACAAACCACAAACCAGGACUUCCUAGGCCCCGAUGCUGGCCCCGUCGAGGUUCUAUACCGCAGGCUCUCGCUAUAUGUCAGCGAGCUAUGGAUAUCGGUAUUUCGAAAUCAUUUGCAUGGGCCAGCCCUGAAUGCAACGAGAGAUGCCGUAGUAAGGCUUUGUUUGUGGAAAGAAAACUUCGUUCCUGGAAGGCUAGACGAGAUACUGCAGUACACAAGCUACCUGAGAGAAAACGUGUUGGACACUCUAAGGAGUAUUUGCGGUGCCAUCAUCCAAAUUGCUCGCGGAAUCCCAGCCAUCGAAACGCAAGCGGUCAGCAGUCUCAGAGAUCUUCAAUUCAUCCAUGGCCAGGCCAUAGAGGAGCUCAUGAAUAUGGACGGCUCUGGUUCUUCGUCAGAUGGGAGUUCGCUAUCUGAGGAAGCUUCAUUUUCAGAAUCCGACAUAAACCUAUACGAGAGAUUGGAAACGUAUAUCAACUGCCUAAUGGAUCUAGCCAUAGCAGUUGAGCAUCAGACCAACAAUAUACGUGAGCUUUUGGAUGAAAGUGCUGUUCCGGAGCGCAUUGAGCUUUCAGUGUCCGAGGAAGCCCGUCCCUUCGCCAGGAUCAUACUGGAUAGGUUCAAAGACGCAAACCUCGAAUUGGUGGAGCGACUAUCACAAGCUAAUUGGGAUAGAUCAGUCCGUCUGAUUCAAUUGGCGGAAGAUGCAGUGUUGAGUGAAGAGAAUCAGACCCUGUCCGCCUUUUCGCAUGAUACUCGUACACGCUUUGUGCCAAUCUCGGUCUUCCACGAUUCCGGUCUUGGAUCUUCCUCGGUUGCCAGCCAUUCUUCGUUUGCCUCACGCGUUGGAGAAGACUCUCUGGGGCGACCCCGUGUUCCGCCCCUUCCGGCAGAGGGUGAACAGGGCCGUUACUUUCAAUGUUGCUUUUGCAAAAAGACAAUAUCCAUGCAGAGCCGUGUACAAUGGAAGAUGCACGUAUUUUCCGACCUGCAGUCAUACAUAUGCACUCACUCGGUUUGUAAACACGCUCUCAAAAUGUUUCCAACACGAAGCCUCUGGGCGAAGCAUGAGAUUGACGAACACUUCUCGCAGCUGCAAUGGCGCUGCUUCUCCUGUGAUAUAGCCUUUGGCCGAGACGAAUUCAUGCACCAUUUUCUUCAGGUGCAUAACGAGACCGGUCGAAGCGACGAGGAACGGGACAAAAUAGCUCAGCAGGCCGCGGAGAAGGUGCCCGUGGCAAACUUCGCAGGUCACGCAUGCCCACUAUGCUUGAGGACCGACUGGGCCUCACCGAAAGCUUAUACUACUCGUCUCGGCGAGCAUUUGGAGGAGAUAUCCCUUGCUUGUCUUCCUCUGGUCAAUAGCACUGAGCCCGGCUCACUAACAGAUAUAUCGGAACAUACAGAGGGAAAUCUUUCGCCGUCCACCCCAGACGAAUCACCCGAGACGGCUGAAGAGAACUUGCAACCGAGUGUGGAGCAUAGUUCGCCGAGCAACCCGACAUCGAAGCCGAAAAACCCCCCUCUCGCCCAAAGGCUGAGAUCUCGCCUCCGGAAGUUGUCUGGAUUUGCUAAGCGCCCAACAAGCCCGACAAAUACGCCGACCGAAAAUAGCAAACACGCCAGCCUUGCAGAGACUACUUCUACCUCUGUUGCCAAGACUGGAGAUCCAAACAAGUUACCUCAGAGCACCCCAUUAUUCGCUUCCUCUGGCUUAGAGGUGGUGGUUAAGUCUCGCGAAGGCAACUGCAAGGCUAACAUGUGUUUCAGCUUUGACAGUCAACUCCUACACAUCAAUCUGAUGAGUGUCGAUGGGUGGAAGAAACUUCGUACCAAUUUUGGAUACUCAUUAGAAGCCCUUGAUGAUGUGUCGUCCGUUAGAGGCAUUGGUGGUGCCCAAACCCCAAUAAUGGGCGUCGUGAAAGACGUACAAUGGCACCUUGAAGAUGGAUACAGGACAUAUUCUUCAGAUUUCCACAUUGUUGAUAUGCAUUUUGAUGUCCUGUUGGGUAUGGAUACUAUCAAGAAGUGUCAACUACUUCGGUUGAGAGAGGACCUGGACGGCUACUUACAAAAGAAACAACGAGAGACUACGGAUAUCAAUUCCCGUUCCUGA